AUGACCUGGUAUAGGUGGUUUUGUUGGGAACUUAUGGGUUUGGCUGUAGUUAUAAGGCAAUUGGACAGGAUUAGGGUGCCCCCAACAGUGUGUUUUCAUGACUGCUUCCAGGUGCUUGCUAAGGCAAGGGUGGGAAGGCAGUAUUGGGCUGAUGUUGGUGAGAAGCACAACAAGAUCAUUAAAGGAGAAGUAAAUUUCUUCGAACACCUUGUUUAUAAGUAUACAUGGGAAGAAAUUAUUUUGAUGGCCACUUAUCCCAACAACGUCAAUGUGGUUGGAGAAAGCAUUAACGAUGAUGACAAUUGUAAUGAGUUGGUUCCUACUUUAAACAUGUGUUUUGACACAAUGGAAGAAGCAAAGAAAUUUUAUUCGGUGUACGGGAGAAGAUGUGGUUUUGGCGUCCGAACCAGAACUUCUAAAAAGGAUGACAACAACGAAUUGUACUACUUAAGAUUGGUUUGUUCUAGGGAAGGUAAAUAUGUUUCCACCAUUCGUCCAGAGGUGAAAACUCUGCCUAGUCAGACUAAUCAAUGUCCUGCUGGAAUAACCAUUGCACGAAAAGAGGGCAAAUGGUUUGUGAGGACUGUGGUUGUAGAGCACAAUCAUGACCUGUGUCCACAAACCUCUAAUCUAAUCCGUUCUAAUAGACAAUUGAACAUGCAUGCGAAACACACUUUGGGGGUGAAUGAUGAUGUCGGUGUACGUAUUAAUAAGAGUUUCCUUAGCAUAGUUAGUGAAGCUGAUGGAUAUCAAAACAUGGAAUUUGUGGAGCGGGAUGCUAGGAACUUCAUUGGUCAACGUAGAAGGUCACUGUGUAAGGAGGGUGAUGGACAAGCAUUGCUACAUCACUUUUCAAAAAUGAGAGAGCUCAAUAAUGAUUUCUUGUACGACAUACAAAUGGAUGAAUAUAAUAGAAUUACUAGUGUAUUUUGGGUAGAUCCUCGUAGCCGAGCUGCAUGUGAGGAAUUUGGUGAUGUCGUGUCUUUUGACACCACCUACUUGACAAACAAGUACGACAUGCCAUUUGCUCCAUUUGUAGGAGUUAACCAUCAUGGACAAUCCAUUCUACUUGGUUGUGGGUUGCUCUCAUCUGAGGACACUUUGUCAUUUGUAUGGUUAUUCAAAUGUUGGCUAAGAUGCAUGGGAAACAAGGCGCCUUACAGUAUUGUAACCGAUCAAUGUAAGGCGAUGGCAAAUGCAAUUGAAGAUGUCUUCCCUAAAACAAAGCAUAGGUGGUGUUUGUGGCACAUAAUGAAAAAGAUACCUGAAAAAUUUCAAGGGUAUAACAAUUAUGUUGGGAUCAAGUGUGAUAUCAAAUCGGUUGUCUACGAUUCUGGUAAUGCAACAGACUUUGACAUUGGCUGGAAACGACUACUUACCACACAUGGGUUACAAAAUAAUGAAUGGCUAUGUAAUCUGUAUGAAGAGAGACAAAAAUGGGUCCCUUGUUACUUGAAGAAUCAUUUUUGGGCUGGUAUGUCCACAACUCAAAGAAGUGAGGGAAUGAAUGCUUUCUUUGAUGGAUUUAUCAAUUCCAGUACCACACUUCAACAGUUUGUGGUUCAGUACGAUAAUCCUCUUAAAUUCAAGGCCCAAAAAGAAAUUGAAGCUGACUUCUCCUCUCUCAAUACCAAUGUUGCAUGUGGGUCUCAAUCACCAAUUGAGAGACAAUUUCAAGUUGAGUACACAGAUGCAAAAUUUGAGGAAGUACAAAUUGAGUUUCGGUCCAGGAUGAAUUGUUUCAUCAAGAACACAGUCAAGGACUGUAUUUUGAACAACUACACAAUAAAAGAAGAGUACAUGUCGGAUGGGAAAUGUUGGGCAAAAUAUUACCAUGUUGAAUUUGAUCCUCUUACAAAUGAUACAAGGUGCUCUUGCCUACUAUUUGAGUUUAGAGGCAUCAUAUGUCGUCAUUCAUUAUUGGUUCUCGGACAGGAAGAUGUACAUAAUGUCCUAUCGAAAUAUGUUCUUCGUCGUUGGAGCAAAAAUGUUCGAAGAAAGCACACACUUGUUAGAGCAUCUUAUAGUCAAUUGCAGCAGGAACCCAAGAUGCAAAGAUACCAAUCGUUGUGUAAGCGGUUCUAUGACAUAGCUGAGGCUACAUAUGAAUCUGAAUGUGCUUCUAAUGAGUUGGAAAAAGAAUUGGAAUGUGUAGGUAAAAAAUUCGGUUUAACUUCAUCACUGAAAAAUAACAUCAUAAGUGAGGGAGGACAACUAAGGUAUCAUAAUCCUGUGACCGAUACUCCAUCGUACAAUACAUGUGGGAGCAGUGAUGUACUUGUUCGCAGUCCAGUCGCGGUUAAGCGAAAAGGCAGACCGAGAACUAACAGAUUCAAGUCAAUCGUUGAAACUAGAACUAAAAAAUGGAAAUCUGCUCAAAGGAAAAAUUCUUCAACAAGAACUGUUCAACCGGCGGAAACCACAACAACUACUGUUGCACAACUACAAGAGGGCGUGGAAUAUUCAACCCAAACCCAUGAAAUUUCCCAACUAUCUGAAGUUGCUCCAAUUGGAUUUAUGUCAUUGUUAUCUGUUGUUCAUAACAACUUAGAUAAUGCACAAUGUUGA